AUGGCAAGAAAUAACCCAGGCUCACAUGAAGAAGGCAAGCAGAUGAGUUUGCUACAACACAACAGCCUUAGUAUCCUGAAUGCCUCUUAUGCAGUAAGGGAACGUGUGGGACCCUGGUGGGAUAUCCCAUCAUACCGAAAGAAGUGGAACAGACAGAUACUCAAAGAUGUGUCAUUUCAUGUAGAACGUGGCCAGAUCAUGGGCAUCUUAGGAAAUUCAGGAUCGGGGAAAACAACUCUAUUGGAUGCCAUAGCUGGAAGACUGAGUCAUAAGACAAACUUUGCUGGGCAAGUUUAUGUCAAUGGACAAGAGCUGAGGCCAGAGCAAUUUCAAGACACCUUUUCCUAUGUUCUCCAGAAUGAUACCUUGUUAAGCUACCUCACCAUAGAGGAAUGUUUGACUUAUACUGCCUUGCUAGCACUCCAGAAGCACUCCAGCAACUUUAUAAAGGAGAAGGUUGAUGCUGUUAUGACUGAGCUGAGUCUCAGUCAUGUUGCUACCAGUGUAAUUGGAAGCCGCACUUUUCGGGGAAUUUCUGAUGGUGAAAGACGCUGUGUUUCAAUUGCAUCACAGCUAUUACAAGAUCCCAAGGUCAUGUUGCUAGAUGAACCAACCACCGGUCUGGACAGCAUGACAGCCAAUAAGAUUGUGUUGCUGCUUUCGGAGCUUGCCCAUAAAGGCAGGAUAGUAAUUAUUACCAUCCAUCAGCCACGAUCAGAACUUUUUCAGGUAUUUGAUAAGAUCUGCAUCAUGAGUUUUGGAGAACUGAUUUUCUGUGGAGGCUCAUCAGACAUGAUCACUUUUUUUAGCAAUUGUGGCUACACGUGCCCUGAACAUUCCAGCCCUUUUGAUUUCUAUGUGGAUCUCGCAUCGGUCGACACUCAAAGCAAAGAGCGUGAACUGGAAACCUACAGCAGGGUUCAAACCAUCUCUUCCACUUUUAAAAGUUCAGAAAUCUUUCGCAGAACUUUGGAGGCCAUUGAAGAAGCAAAAUGCAAUGUGAAAGAGCUACCACCGAUACCCGUUAAACACAAAGAGUCCCCCAAUGGGUUCUUCAAACUAUGGAUUCUAUUAAAGAGGACCACAAAGAAUUUAUCCAGAGACAAGAUUGGUAUAAUCAUGCGGCUUUCCCAAAAUUUAUUGUUUGGCAUGUUCUUGGCGUUCUUCCUUCUGAGUCUGUCUGAUGAUCUUCUUAAAGGAGCACUUCAAGAUCGUAUAGGACUCAUCUACCAGUGUGUGAGUGCUACACCAUAUACAGGAAUCCUCAAUGCUCUGGCCUUAUUUCCUGCACUACGUGCUGUUGGAGACCAAGAAAGUAGAGAUGGUUUAUAUGAAAAAUGGCAAAUGUUGCUUGCCUACAUACUGCACUUCCUGCCCUUCAGUAUAAUCAGCAUAGCACUUUUUAGUACUUUUAUCUAUUGGACUGUAGGAUUAUACCCAGAAGCUUCUAACUUUGGAUAUUUCUUUGCUGCCAUGUUAGUACCUCAUAUAAUAGGUGAACUGCUUGCACUUACUUGUCUUGGUGUCAUUCAAAAUCCCAAUGUGGUGAGUGGAAUAGUGGUACUACUUAACACAGCAGGUAUCCUAGCUGGAAGUGGACUUGUCAGGAGUUUGGAGGAAAUGCCUACUCCGAUUAAAAUGCUAAGUCAUCUAGCAUUCCAAAAGUAUGCCAGUGAAAUUCUUGUUGUGAAUGAGUUUUCUGAAUUAAAAUUUACAUGUGCUGGCUUCUAUGCCCGUAUCUGCUGUAUUGUGGGGGAAAGGCUUGAAAGUGGAUGGAGAAGAGUUAAACAUCCCUCUCCCAUCUAUCACUUCUAUACUGCCAAUCACAUUCUUCCCAGCUGCACUAAAUGUAGCUAUUUGGUGGCUAUGGAAUUCCUGGCACAGUAUUUACUACACAAAAAUCUGCUUCUCAGGUCACUUCAAUGUUUCUGCUGCAACUGGGGUUUCCUGUCCAUUCUUUGAAGGGGUUCAGUUCAUUGAAACAAGCUUUCAUGGUGCAGCAUCCCGGGUCACAGCAGACUUCUUACUAUUAUAUGCCUUUGUCCCAGCAGUUGUAAUUC